AUUUUUUUUGUAUUAAAAAUAUUUGGAGAUUACUAAAAAAUAGAUGACACUUACCUCUAAGCGGAUGACGGGAGAAAAAGUCAUCACCUUUCCUUAGAGGAACUAUCAAGUCAAACUGUAAUAAGUAGUAUAAAUAAAAUUCACUCGACUUGUGUUUUUUGGACACACGUUAUCCAAGCUGAGCUUUGGGAACUUUCCAUGCAUUCUUACCAUUUGAUAUCUUGGAGUAAGGUGGUAGGGAGAAUUCAAAUAAAAAAAUAAAAAAGAAGAAGAACUCAGGUGGACACAGUUGAAAAAGCAAGGCAGCCAAUGAGAAGACCGCCUCCCCUUUUGGCCAAUGACAGGCGCCACAUUGUUGUCAAAUUGCUCUAAUGAAAACGCAGGCGCAACAAUAGUGAAGGGAGAAAGCGCUCUGUAGCCACUGACGAUCUCUGGAGGAAGUUAGUGUCUCACACGCGCGCGCACACGGAGCUCCUCUUUUUCGGGGGGGUUGGAAAGAGUCUCACUCGCUCCAUGAAGUAGAGGCGCUCCACCUCAGACUCGGUCGGUUCGUCUUCAUUUCCCCGAGCAGCAUGGAUCUCAGACCGGAGAUGCAGCCCGCCGUCACCUCAUCGGCCUCGCAGGUGCACCCGGGAGCUGUGGCCGCGGUGACCUCCAUCCCGGUGUCCAUGGCCGGCAACCUGCUGCGCGGGCCGCCGCUGCUGCUGCGCGCCGCCGAUAAGUAUCCGCGCACGCCAAAGUGCGCCCGCUGCCGCAACCACGGCGUGGUGUCGGCGCUCAAGGGCCACAAACGCUACUGUCGCUGGAAGGACUGCAUGUGCGCCAAGUGCACGCUGAUCGCCGAGAGGCAGCGAGUGAUGGCGGCGCAGGUGGCGCUCCGGAGGCAGCAGGCGCAGGAAGAAAACGAAGCCCGAGAGUUACAGCUGCUCUACGGCACCGCCGAGGGCCUGGCCCUGGCUGCCGCUAACGGGAUCAUCCCGCCCAGGCCCGGAUACGAGGUCUUCGCCUCGGUGGCCGGAGAGGCAGGUGGCUCCGAUUCCAGCGUCCAGAAGUUCGAUAUUUUCCCAAAGGGUCAAGCGUCCGGUCCCUCCACCCCGCCGCAGGCAGGCGGCAAGCAGACGCCCGCUGAGAGCGACUCCGCCCCGGGCAUCUCGUCCCCGGAAGGCCGGCCCGUUGGAGGCGGCUCCGGCUCAGAGAACGGAGACAGCGAAUCGUUCACCAACUCGCCAGCGGCCAAGCCCUCCAAGGACGGCGGGGAGACCCCCCGCUCCGUCAGCUCCCUCGGCUCGGACUCAGGUUCCGAGACCGACAAGGACGAGCAGGAACCGUCGCCCUCGCCGUCGUCCGUGGCCUCCAGGCACAUGCACGCCCUCGACAUCCUCUCCCGGGUCUUCCCCAGUCACAAGCGCAGCGUGCUGGAGCUUGUCCUGCAGGGCUGCGGGAAGGACGUGGUGCAGGCCAUCGAGCAGAUCCUCAACAACCCAGCCCAGGCGGGUCACCACAAGGCCGCCUCCGAGGAGCCUUGGAGCGGGGACAGGAUGUCGCAAAGUUCGCUGCCUCCUUCCACUUCCUCCUCAUCCUCCUCUUCGUCCUCCGGCUCGGCCGCCCCGGCCCCGACUCGACCCAUGCUGCCCGGCUCCAUGACGCUCAGCAACCGCUCGGCCUUCUCACCGCUGCAGCCCAACGCUCCCCACUUCGGCGCAGACCCGAGCGCCUACCCGCUGGGGACCCACUUGGGACUCAACCCGCUGCGGUUGGCCUACUCGGCUCACAGCCGGGGCCUGGCCUUCAUGACGCCCUACUCCACCACCGGUCUAAUGCCAGCCCUGGGCUUUCGACCUCCGAUGGAAUAUGCCUUCAGCGACCUCAUCCGGGACAGGACGAUGUUGCACAAGGAGCAGGGCUACGGCGGAGGGCUCUACGGGCCUCUGGUCAACAAUACGCCGGACAAACAGUGACUGGAGGCGGACUGAACACACGAGCAAACAUGGAAAGUCGUUUGAGCGUUUAACCAGUUGUUCUAAAUAAUAUAAUGAAUAUGAAAUAUUUUGUUUUCUUCCCCCAUACAUAUUCUGUACUUGAUUAAAAAAAAACUUCAAAUACUACUAUCAUGAUAAACUUAAAUGAAAAACAAAAAUACAAUAAAGUAGUAGGCCUAAGUGUUGAAACAUCAGGCUAAUUUAAAAAGAAAUCUCUACCAUUAAUAUGAGUGUAAACAAACUUUUUUUUUAAUGAUUCCAUGAAAAUGCGUUGCACAUGUUGAAAAUAAAUUGUAUCCAAAAGAUUCAAUACAAAUGUAAAUUACUUAAAAUUUAAAUACAACUGAACUUUACUCAACAAAUGUACAGUUUAAGCCCCUGCAUGUUACAUUAUGCAUAGUUUGAACAAUGGACUUUGCUUAAAUAUAAGAAAAAUAAAUUCCAGCUAACAGUUCAUGUCCUAGUACGCUUGUUCUUCAGUCAUGACUGUGUGUCUUAGUAUAGUGACUUUGUUCCACUACUGCCUUUUGUUAUCUUUUGACACUUUUGUUCAAGUUGUGCGACAAUGAAAAAGGGAAAUCAUGGAAUCAUCAAGAAUUUCUUGAAACUGGUUUCUAUAAAUUCUCUUUCGAGUCCAUGUCAAAUUGACACAAACAAGUCCAUUCAGAUGAGCCAAGAAAGUUGCUUUUAUUCUUAUCCCUUUGUAGGUUAAGUGACUAUUUUUUGUGUGUGGUAAUUUCAAAACUUAACUGCAAUAUUAGUAAUUAUCAUUAUAUAUUAAUGUUAUUAAUAAUCACCAGUAUAUUUUAUAUAUGAUUUGUAUAUCCUUUUUCAAUAUACAUUUAUACAUUAAGCUGCUUAAAAAAUAA